UAUAUAUACACCAAUAUAUUAUUUCCAAUUCUUAUACCCAUAAUCAGUGAAUUUUCUUAUAAUAAGAAUAAUUAAUUAAUCUUAUCUUGAUAUAAUAUAUCAGAACACAAUGGAUAAAAUAAGUCGAUCUUUGUUCAACGCUUGUAAGAAAAUGUUUCAAUUAAACGCAAGAAUUUUGCCACUCAAACAAUCAAAGAACCGAUUAAAUAUCGUGAACGAUGAAUUACCGUGUUUGGCAAAACUACCGCUGACCGUUGAUUCAGUCCACCGAUCUAUGUUUGAAGUUUCAAAUCCACUAAUUAAUUUCCGUCCAACGACUACGAUACUCAAACAGUACAAUGCUGUUCGUGACAUACAUUGUUCUUAUAAUAACGAAACGUUUAUUUCAAACAUUGAAGCUCGUUCAAUUUUCGACACCAGGGGUAAUCCCACUGUCAAAGUUGACCUAAAUAUCACCAACAGGCAAGUUUUCCGCGCAGCAGUACCAUCUGGUGCUAGUACUGGUAUCUAUGAAGCAUUAGAACUUCGUGAUAUUGACAAGUGUAAUUACCUUGGAAAAGGCGUAAAUAUUGCUAUUGACAAUAUAAACAAUAUUAUUGCUCCUGCUCUUAUAAAAGCGGGAAUCAGUGUUGCUGAACAAAGAGCUAUUGAUGAUGUUAUGUUAAAAUUGGACGGAACUCCAAAUAAAUCUAAUCUUGGUGCCAAUGCUAAUUUAGGAGUUUCAUUAGCUAUAACUAAAGCGGGUGCUUACAAAAAAGGCAUUCCCCUUUACAAACACAUUGCUGACUUAGCUGGAAACAAAGAAAUUAUUUUACCUGUUCCAGCUUUCAAUGUUAUCAAUGGUGGUUCUCAUGCGGGCAAUAAGUUGGCUAUGCAAGAAUUUAUGAUUUUGCCUACUGGAGCAUGUUUUUUCACUGAAGCCAUGAAAAUUGGAACUGAAGUGUACCACUAUCUUAAAAAUGUUAUCAAAGCUAAAUUUGGUUUGGACGCCACGGCUGUUGGCGACGAAGGAGGUUUUGCUCCAAAUAUUUUGGAUAACAAAGAAGGUUUGUACCCAAUUGAAACAGCUAUAGAAAAGGCUGGAUACAAAGGAAAAGUUGUUAAUGGAAUGGAUGUUGCUGCUUCUGAGUUUUAUGUUGAUGGAAAGUAUGAUUUGGAUUUUAAAAACAAGUCAAAGACAAAAGACAAAAGUCUAAUUCUUUCAACUGAAGCUUUGACUGGAUUGCACAAAGAACUCAUUAAAGAAUUCCCAAUAGUCUCUAUUGAAGAUCCUUUUGAUCAAGACCAUUGGGAAACAUGGACUACACUGACAGCAUCUACUAACAUCCAGGGAGUGCGACCGCACCAUCGCACAUAUGCACGGGCCGCCAAUGGUUGUCAACAACAAAACCCCAAAAGGACUGUGCCACCACCGAACAAGUUAAAAAAUGGAAUCAAAAUGAUCCUUUACGUAGCGUUUGCACUGUUUCCAAUGUUCUUUUUAGUAUGUUUGGCGUACGGUAUACACGAAUACGCUCUUCAGCAGGACGUGCUUGUGUUAACAAAAGACAACUUCCAAAGUAUUAUCUCGUCGUCUGAAUAUGUGCUUGUCAACUUUUAUGCACCAUGGUGUGGUCGUUGUAAACAAUUAGCACCAGAAUAUGCGAGAGCAGCCAAGCAUUUAGCUCAAAAUGAAUUAUCAGUUAAAUUGGGCAAAGUAGAUGCUACUAUUGAGAGGGACUUAGCUGAACAGUUUGGUAUCCGAGCAUAUCCAACUUUAAAGUUCUUUAAAAAUGGAAAACCAAUUGACUACACAGGCGGCCAAACCAAGGAUGAAAUUAUUCAAUGGGUAACAAUGAAGUCUGACCCAACUAAAAAAGUUUUGAAAUCAGAAGAAGAAUUGUAAUCAUUCAUUAAAAGCAAAAAUGUUACUAUUGUUGGUUUUUUCGCAAAUUUUGAUUCAGAUACAGCAAAAUUCUUUUUAGAAUUGGCUGACUCUCCUUAUAAUUAUCGACUUGGUCUUGUGACAAAUUAUUCUAAAUUUUCUGAUUUAGAACACAAGGAUACAUUUGUUGUAUACAAGGAUGUAAGCAUUAAAAUGUUAAUAUGUUAUUUAUUAUUAAAGUACUACCUACAUAUUUUGGUUUUAAUUUUAGUUUGGCUAAAAGAAACUUGCAUUUGAUGAAGAUAUUUCUAAUGUUGAAGACCUCAAACUAUUUAUUUUUGUUGUUUCAUUGAUUUUAUUUGUGCAAUUAAGCCAAGAACUAUGUUGUGAAUAUGAAGGACAAUGUUUAAGUUCCUUUAGAGAUGCGAUUUUUUGUUACUUAGGUCAACACCGUCAACACUUGUGAAAUGAACACGAUUUUGAACUUUUCCAAGCUCCUACACCUUCAAUAUUAAUUUUUUAAAUCUGAAAAAAAUCUAGUAUAGUCGCGUAGUAUAAAUGACUACAUUUGC